AUGGAUGAUGACUUAUCUCAAGAGGAUGGACAUACCGCAUCUUUUUUCAUGGAUAGCAGCAGCUCCUUUGUGCCUCAUAACAACCCUGAAGGUGGUCAGAGUGACUAUGAGACCAUAUUCGCCCAUGUCCUGAACAAUGAUCAACUGUACAACAGGGGAAAGACCAAAAAACGUCCACCUAAGCGCCCAGAAGCCUUGGCCGCUUUCCCGAGUAGUACUGGGGAGAGAGAAGGUGGACCCACUGAGGCUCCCGGGCGUUUCCCGUGGGGCGGGGCGCACCUGACUCACGAGUCCCCGAGGGCAAGAGCGCAGGUGAGCGGCCCAGCGGGCUCGCCAGGGCUGUCCCGGCUCCUCCGCCUCGGGGACGCCCACACUGCGCCCAACCCCUCCCCGCUCUGGGCUCGGGGGACGAACGAGGACUCGGCCCGACGGCCGGUGGGCUUUGGAGGGGAGCGGGGCGGCGACGGGGGAGCCCCGGGACUGCGCGGCCGUGCAGGGCGCGGGGCCGCCACCUCCCCGCUGGCGCUGGCGCAGGGCGCGGCGGCCGCGGGAGCCGCAGGGAGGGAAGGAGCCGCCGGCUCUUUCCUGCCUCCCUGCAAACUUCAGCGGGACUCGCGUCUCCACUCGCCGCCGCGGCCACCGCGCCCCCCGCCCGGGAGCUGCUCCGGGAACUUCCUCUCGCGGCGCGGCCCGGGCACCCCGGCGGGUGGAGAGACGCCGCCGAGCGCCAGGCAGCCCUGCUCGGACCCACGGAGCUCUGCCCGCGGCUUCCCGAGCUGCCGGGGCUCCCCUGCCUCGUUGUCCGCCCGCCCGCCCGCGCGUCCGUCGGUCCGUCCUUCCCGACCGCCUGCCUCUCUCCGCGGGCAGCCGCCACCGGCUUCCCCUCGGCGCCCCGCCGCUGCCCGGGACUUUUCUUUGUGUUGGAUGCGGACUCGCGCCCCGCGCCGACGGGGGCCGGUUUAA